CUGAUGGCCUUGAGUUAGUCAAUCAAAAUCAUAAUAACGUUACAGCUUCACAUGUUCAGUGUCGGUCGUUAAUAUAAGGUAUAGGGCUACUGAUGCUUGAAACUGAUUUCUGUAUCGAUUGACCGAAUUGGUGUUUGUCGAGCUUUCAAGCUGAACGCGGACUGAAGCGAACCUUGUAACCUUUUUCCUGUUAUUUCAAAUAUGGAUUUGCGAAGACUGGGGAUUUUUAAUUUAUGGAGGAACGUUAAUUAUGUCUCUGCUCGUUUCUCACAGUUACAUAAAGUCAACUUUAUUCGACCAACAGUAUUAGCAAAGACGAAAUAUCUUCUUGGAUUAAAUAGUAAACUCCGAUAUCCAGAUAGAACCCUUCGUAUUUCUGGCGAAAAUAUGUUCAUAAUCUGUGCUGAAUACCCUGUGUUCGAAGAUUUUGUACAACAUCUGAAACUGCCAGACACAUUUCAGACAUGGUUUUCACUAACCGUACUACAUAUAUGGAUGUGCUACGUGCGUCUUCGCCCAGAAAGAGACGAAGGAUAUUUCAUGAAGAAAUGGAUGGACAGAGCUCUUUGGGAAGAUAUGGGACGCAGACUACGUGCAUUUAAAAUCUUGAUGGGAAGUUCUAAACAGAUCAGAAUUUUUCGAGGACAAUACUUUGGCAAUAUGGUUGCAUAUGAUGAAGCUUUAUUAUCCUACUCAGACUCACACUUAGCUACUGCGCUGUGGAACAAUAUAUGGUUUUCUUGUCCAACAACUACUUUUCAAGAAAUCGAAAUAUUGAUUAAAUAUGUUAGAAAACAAUUAGAGCACUUGGAAAAAAUUCCAUCAAAUGUUUUUCUUGAACAUGGUACUCCAACCUUCUUACCGUUAAUGGAAGAUCAUAUAGAUUUUUCCCUUGCUAAAGAACGUUUGAAAUACUGUUUAACUUUUCCUGAGCAUUUAAAGUAAAUCAAUUAUUUUAAAAUGCUUAUUAACACAUGUUAAUGUUGUUUCUGUACUGUGUUCCGUAUUCUUAUGUAUUCCAUCUAUGUAAGGACUAUCUGUUAAGGUUGCCAUAUAUCCAGCUACAUAGUCUUUAUUACGAUAUUAACUUUAUGUAAAUUAGUUAUGUAGUAUGACUAUAAAGCUUAUUGGCAUAAACACUUACUGUUGCUGUUUGCUACUAUAGAAUUGUCUUCUGACAUUGCAUUAAGCAUCAAACACCUGGAUUAGAAACCUAAGGGCAAAGAAAAUCACUGGCCUCAGUUUUAAACAGUCUAGUAUGGUCAUAAUCCGAACAUCAACUGUGGCAAUUUCAAAUAGGAAAUAUAACUUUAUAUCGCUACAAAUUGAUGCUUGCAAAUUAUAAACCUAAUAAAGUACUGGUAAUUCGUUUUUUGUAUGAUUUUGAAACUACUUUUCCUGUG